AUGGAAAAUUUAUCUGUUGCUGAAUCCGAAGGAAACAACCAAACACUGCCGAUCCUGAAUUCAUGUGACAGGAGCAGCUUUGGGCAGAUCGUUCUGCCAGUCAGUUACAGCAUUUUGUUCCUGUUCAGCUUGGCUGGGAAUGUGUCCCUGUUGUUCUACUACUUCAGAAAGGAAAAAUCCUCCUCUAAGCUCUUUAUAGCCAACCUGGCAGCCCUGGACCUGUUGAUGGCGCUGACUUUACCCCUGGUGACAGACUAUCGGUUGCAAGGUAGCAUCUGGCGCUUCGGGGAUGCCCUCUGUACGGCGUGCGUGGCUGUGUUCUACGGAAACCUGUACGGAGGAAGUCUUUUCAUGCUCUGCAUCGCCUCAGACCGCCUUGUCGCCGUGCGCUUUCCUGAAGCCUAUGGGAGAUGGACCACGCGCCACCAUUUCCGCAGGCUUGUCUGCGUGUGCGUGUGGAUUAUCAUCACCACGCUGUUUCCGUGGGUCUCUGUGUCUCUGCGGCCGCUGAUUCGCCAGCCGGAUGGACACUUGACCUGCGGGGACACAUUUUCGGACGAACAGUGGCUCUGGCUGCCGAUGAUCCUGGUGCUGGGGACCGUUGUCGGUUUCCUCCUCCCCUACGCUGCCAUCGUGGCCUGCUACGCCCUCAUAGCGCGAGAGCUGACCACGUCCACAAAGGCGCGGCAGAGAUGGAAAUCGAGAUCUCUGAGAGCUAUCGUCACCCUUAUCGCCAUAAUGACGGUCUGCUUCCUCCCCUUCCACACCGUUCAGAUGGUCAAUGCUGUCCAUCGCUUGACCACGGGUCCAGGGAAGGGAGCCUCUUCUGGUAUUUGUUUUGGCCAUCGCUCUUUGGUCUUUUUGGCCUCGAUGAACAGCGCCCUUGACCCUUUUGUCUGCUACUACCUCUCGUACAGUCUCAAGAUCAAUCGGCUAUGCCAGUGGAGAUGA